AUGGCCGCUGGAUUGAAAAAAAAAGAUGAAAAUAAUGAUCACAUUUUGUACAAUUUACUCGUGCACGCUGAAUGGAAUUUGGACGAGGAGAUUCAGAGCAAAAGCGGCCUAGAUAUCUUACAACAGCGUGGUUCAUUUGGGAAAAAGCUCUUGUCCAUCGUUGAAGGCUCUGUGUGGGGUGUCUGGAAAAUCAUUAAAUAUCCUUUUAGUGGUUUUGCUGCCUCCUGUAUUUUACCAGAAGAACUCCUAAAACUUCAUGAAACUUCUCAAUCAUGGGACUUUGCACUGUCAAGUGAAGGAAAUUUUGUUGCAGUUUUACAAGAGCAAUGUAUUGAAAUAAGAUCUUCCAGGGAUAACUUCUCGUCUGUGAUUUCAAAAUGCCAGGUUCAUAAGGAUCCGUUUCUGAGCUGGAGAAGGUUGGCAUGGAGUAGCGACUCCUCUCUCUUGGCAUUUGCGCACAGUUGGGGAGAGGUUGUCGUAUUUGAUCUAUCAGGGACCUCUCUAUGUACUCUAAAGAAUAACGUGUCAUCUAACACUGGUGGUCUUUUUCACCACUGCAAGAGUAUUUCUGGUCUUUUAUUUCUUGAGAAAGAUCAGAAUAAUGAAAGUGAGCUGGAGCUUCUCGUUAUUUCCUACCAAGGACAACUGGACAGCUACAUUAUCAACAGUCACAGCGGAGAACACAGCAAGAAGUGCAGUUUCUCUUUCCAAUCAGUUCUACCUCAUGGCGUGUCCUGUGCUGUGUAUUACCCUCCUACAAAACUUCUCCUUCUAGGGACCCCCGCCACUCGGGUGAAGGGCAAAUCAGCCUUGGGAAAUGGCAUUACUCUGUGGAGAUUGCUGUCUGGUCAACCGCAUUUCAAACUUAUCGAAGAUCAAGCAUUAGAAAUAAAAAAGAUUCAACAAGCAACAGGUCUAGUUGGGAAACUCUUUCCACGAAGGUUUAACAAUAGACAGCAUGGCGUAUGGAAGAUGAGUUUAGCUUUAGACGGUAAAACGCUACUGGCGUUGCAUUUUUCAGGAAGAUUAUCGUUGUGGGAACUCCCCUCGUUGAAACAGCGAGAGACCUGGGAACAAACGGAACAGCCGGAAUACAAGAGCGAAGAUGUCCAUGUUCAGUUUCCAAGUUUAAAUCAUUCAAAACGAAAAGUUGAACAGAAUAAUUUUGUAUACGACAUUGGUUGGUGGUCAAACGAGGCAAUAGUUUUAGCCCGUCGUUCAGGUGCUUUGACUGUAUCAAGUUUUGACAAAAGUUUGAAGAAUAUCCUUGGCCAAUAUGCUGAAUGGUGCGAACCAUGUCCGUUAGUUACCAGUGCCCACAAUGGUGGUUUCCUUAUCUUGGAGUGUGAGAACAAUGUCGUGUCUCUAAGUCCAGUACGGAAAACUGUGGAUGAUGAGGGUGAACAGGGGGAACAUCGUGAUGAUGAGGAUGAUGAGGAACAUCACAUGGUCACAAAAACUCGGGAACUUGCGAAACAUGUCCUGUACUUUCUAACUGAAAGCGAAAGAUUCCGUCCGCCAGUACGACGACCCAAAAUUCUGAAACAAACCUACAGACUUCUCUGUCUUCGCUCAACAACCCCGGAGGAACUUUACGCAAGAAAGAUUGAACUUGAAGAAUAUGGCGAAGCAUUAGCUCUUGCCCAGUCCUAUGACCUCGAUUGUGAUCUUGUGUAUCAAAAGCAAUGGAGGAAAUCUAAAGUUACUCUUUCAAGCAUACACGAUUACCUGAGUAAGGUGACCAAGCGUGUAUGGGUUCUACAUGAAUGCCUUGAGCGAGUCGCUGAGGACCUGGAGUCCACUAAAGCUUUGUUGAAGUAUGGUUUGCAUGGAACUGGGCUUCAUGUGUUGGUUGCUAUGGGUGACACGGAACAUCCGUUUUUAAUCGAGGAAAAUGAAGAAGAUGAAGUGGAAGAACGUGACGAGCAAGAGACUGAGAAGAAGUUAUUGAAGAAGAUUGAUUUUAACAAACUGUCAGUUGAACAACGUAACAUAUGUCGCUACCGUCUACGCUUCUUAACCUACUGCGACCGUCUCUCGACAUAUGAGACAAUCCUUGGCGGUCCUGCAGUUGCACACGAUAAUUUUGACAGCGUUUUCUUCACCUCAUUUCGAGACAGUAAUAUUGUUGAAUCGUCCGUGAAUUUUGCCAGGGAUAACGACUGGAAUGCAGUUGAUUGCCUGCUGACGUAUCACGGAAAACAAACUUUGCCACACUAUCUUUCUAUUUUGUCAAACUUCCCUGAAACUACUUCACCUUUCGACUACAGAAGCCUUCUUCCUGAAGCAGGCAUCGAUGACGACGAACCUGAGGUGUAUGAGUGGGAAGAAAAAACAUGGCGGACACAAGAUUGGGUGGAGAACCCGCGAUAUUUGAAAACGUAUAAAGACGAUACCGUGGACGAUCCUGGAGAGUUUUUAUACCGCGAAAAUGAAGAACUUAAGCCCUUCAGCGGCGUUUUAGACAGCAAGAUGCUUACAGAAUGGUACAAAUAUCGUGCUCAUGAAAUAGAGCAAUGUUCCGGCCAGAUCGACAAUGCUCUAGAACUUGUUAAACUUGGCCAAGAAAGAGGAGUGAAGGGCUUAGCGUACUUACGGGAUGACUUGAUUACCCUCAGUGUCCUGGUUUACGAGUGCCAAACAGACGCUAGUGUUGACCUAAAGUCGUUCCAAAACUUAAAUAACCUGGAAAAAAUGAGACUUUUGCUAUCAAAGUCCACGGAGAAGUCGUUUAUAAGGAAUUUUAAAGAAUGGGCUGUUCCAUUCUUGGACAGACUAGAGAAACGAAACCGAGGCAGCAAAACGAAGUUGAUACAACAAUAUAUGAUAGAAACAGCAAAGAUGGAUCUAACCUUUCCGCUUAAAAUACUUCAGCAAUCAGCAUCCGAGUCGACGGAGCCGUUCAUCCCAGAUGUUGCAAGGCAGAUGAAGAUGGCGAUCGACUGUAUCUAUCUUUGCAGCAGGGAUGACCAACUGGAGGAAGCCAGAAUGAUUUUAAAGUGCUUUUCAUCAGACACAGAAAGUGUUUCAUCACAACAAAUUGUGGAACUUCGAGAGAAGCUAGACGAACUCAAAUUACAUUUAAACGGGGCAGAAAUCCUAUCAGAAAACGGUUUUGCGAAACCUGUUUCAUAUUUGGUGGACACUAAGGCUAACAAAGAGACAGCAACAUCUCUCAUGCUUUCUUUAUCCAGCAUUGCUAAACACAGAGAGCCACCGUUAAAGCCAGCAGAUUGGGACAAUUUAUUAGCAGAUAUGUUAAAAUUACGCAACGAUAUAUUUGAUGUUAUUCCUGCCAGUAUCUGUUACGAGGCAUGUGUUGAUUGCUUACUCACUUCGGGAAAUAAAGAAAAUAUCAAACAUGCAGAACUCGUACGGGCAACUCGAGAUGACGGAAUGGAAUAUCAUAGAUUCGUAGAGCUCGUUGUGAAAGCGUCGAGGGAAUAUUUUAACUCUGCAAAUGAUGUUAAAGACCCGUGUAUGAACUUGGCAAAGGCUUGUUUAGAUUUGGUUCAGCCAAAUGAAGCGUCUGUUCAAGAGGAACUUGAUUUAAUUACAGCCUUAUCAAUGUUUGCUGAAUACAACGUCUCCGUAUUACCACUACAAGUUCGUUUAUGUCAAGAUAAAGCUGAAUUGAUUGAAAAAUCAUUAGAUUCGUCUCCUGCUUCUUAUAAAGAUCCUGGGAAGCUUCUUCGUUUGGCGUCUUUGCUGCAAAUGUCUGGUUCAGACGAGAAGACCAGACGAGGUCGAGUUCUUAGCUUGGUGGCACAGCGAGCCCUAGACCACGAUGAUUUUACUGUAGCUUACAACACAUGCGCAGAGCUGGUGAAAACUGGUUAUAUUCCAGGCUGGAAGAUUUGCAGGACUUUGGGCCAAAACACUGAAUUCACGAAUCUCAAGGCAAGACAAAAGUUGCUCAACUUCUCCCUGUCCCAUUGCGAACCAAAUGCUAUCGAAGCAUUGCUACACUCCAGAAGUCUAUUGCAGACUGAGAUUCUGUAUCGUGAUCUCAGUGAAUUGAUGGAGGAAAUUGGAGAUCCUAUGGACUCGGAUGAUCUUACAGCUGCUGGUCAAAUAACCAAAACAACAAAGACGAUUUUAUCCAACGUUAGUGACGUUGGUUGGUGGUCAGACACUUUACAAUGGGUAAGACCGUUACACAAACCUAGCGAAAAGAUGACGAACAGACAACAGAAACGUCACCAAAAGGAACUUGAGUUUCAUAACCAUCCGUUUUACGAAACAGUUCACGAGAAAUUAGCCGAGAAUGAAAACACGGUUUCUUGGAAGACAAACAAGAACUCUGUCCACGUCAGCGAGCUUCUUCUUCAAACGCAAAAGAUUGCUGAAGAAAGAGCUGAAGGUUCCAUUGAGGAACCAGCCACUGAAGUCCUGAUUCAACUCGCAGAUGAAUGUUUUCUCAAUGAUACACCGCUUGCUAUGGCCUACCUUCUUUCCCUUCCUGAGUCGACCAACGCGUACGAGUGUUUUGAAAAGCUGCCAAAUUCUGCAUUGACGUUAAAGCUGGCUUCCUAUUACUACGCUCUUCAAGUGUACAGCACCCUCAGCCCGCAAUUCAAAGACUCUCAGGCGUCACUGUACCUGCAUCCACCUGACCAUGUGGUAGACCACGUGAUCAACAGCCUUCGUGAUCAUGUGGAGACUGGGGAUGAUGAUACGAAGUUUCUGAUGGCUCAUCUUAAGAGAUAUCACACGCAACUCGCGGAUUUCGCCCAGGCACGACUUCUCCAAGGACUGGGACGAGGUGUGGACAUCAAUCGCUUCACCCAAGACGAGGAAUACAAGAAAGAAACGAUCCUAGGAUUGACCAUGAGCGCGGACGAUAAGAUAUUUGAAACAGCAGUUUCUCUGGCAGAACGAUACGACAUUUCAAAAUGGGAAAUGUUCAUGUCUCAUCUCGAAUGGCUCUUCACUGACGGCGACCUUUCGACAAAACAGCUUCAGGAACGUGUCGGUGAAAAAGACUUAAUGACAACGCUUCUGACGCAACCAGAAAAGAUGAUCAGUCGACUGCAGGAAUAUAUUUAUCCUUCGAUCGAUGGUAAGCAGUUGGCUCGUCUUCUCUAUUACUUCAUGUUGUUCAACGAUUGCGUUCAAAGCGGGGGACUAUCAUACGAGGAUGAUUUGGACCCUCAGAUGCACAUUCGACUGAUAAAGAAGAUCAAAGCCUCGUCGCAAGGUGUAAACUACAAGAGUUUGAUAGAAGGCGGUGAUCCUCUGCUGACGUUGAGACCUCAUCUUCUCAGUUCGAAUGUUCAUGUCUUCGCUAAAAUGGCAAACAAACUUCGGGGCAAGGACGGUGAAUUACUUAACCCAAGCCAGGUUUUCAAGGUGUUUGCUGAGAAGAUCUUUUGGGAAGGAGAGCGAAAAACUGUGGGGAAGGAGGUUGACUGGAUUCAUCGUUAUGAAGAAGUUCAUAGCUACUUGGAUCGUCUGACAUUCUCUGACCUCAUCGUCUUGAUUGAUUCAUUCACGUUCUCAGAGCAAGCUAUUAAUACUUUAAAUACUGACCUUCGAGACGAGAUCUUGAGACGAGCUGUAAAGUUCUCCCGCCAGAGAAGUGCUGGUGGACAGCGGAAGAAAUCCAAAGAAAAUAUAUAUGAAGAAAACGGUGUUACUAUUGCUGAAGUUACGCAACAUUUUGAACAGUCGUUGAAGCAUUUAGCUUCUUUGGACAACAAAAUGAUUCUUAACUUUGAGGAAUCCGAACAAAUACAGUAUGUGAAAUACGCUAGACUUUAUGAUCUUUCACGGUCUGAACCAAAGAAAAUCAAAGAACUGUGUACGCAAGUGCUGUGUAAUGGCGAUUCCUUGAGCAUUGUGAAAAAUCUGAUUGAGCUGGCCAAUCAACAACGAGCUCAAGGUUUUAAAACAAAGGAUAUAGUCAAAGAAUCUUUGAUGAUUGUAUUGAAGUCAUACAGCAGUCCUGGCGAGCGUCCAGGAUAUCUUUCCACGGUUGAUUCACCUUUCAAGAUUCUCGCUAAACUUCUAGCGACGCUUCGUGAACAUAUAAACGACGAGAAUAAGAAACUAGUUAAAGAUGAGGAUAUUUUGCAGGAAAUUAGGACUUUCUGUGCAGACGAGACCGUUUCUCCUGAAGUGAAACAUGAAGUCCUUCAACUCAUUGAGAAAACUGUCAAGUUAACUGGAGAAGAUAAAACAUUGUUGCUAUUUCAUCAGACACAGGCGAUUGUCCAUCGACAUUGGCAAAUUGAGCUUUCAAUUGAAGACGUGGAAUCGCGUGAAAGACUUCAUCAACUGUUUCUACAAAUAUUCGGAAAAACUGUGCACGAAAAAGAGUUAUUAGCCGUGGCCACAUUGCUCAGUAUUUGGCCCCCACUUGAAGACGAGAAAGACGGUGAAGGAGCGUGGUACCUGGUCCUGUCGAAGAUGAUUAGUCAAGUUAAAGAUGGAUCGUCAGUCGUGAAAAUUGUUCGGGAAAAAGCUGACAGUAUCCGAUUAAAUAAAAAGGAAAGCCAACAUAUUUUGAAUAAACUUAUUGAAAAUUAUGAGCCAUUGUCGGGUUACAAGUUUGGCCUUCUCGUUGGGGAUGAAGAGAUUUUGAAUUUUGUUACAGAUCAGAUGAAAACAACUGAGCGUGAAGAGGCCGCGUGGGACAAUGAAUUCUUAGAGCUUCUUUACAAAAACAAACUAUCUUCGCACAUCGUGGAAACACCAUAUUUUAAUGCCUAUGUAAACUACUUGUUGAAAGGCGAGAUUAACACGGAACACUCGCGAGAGUCGCGUGUAAAUGAGGUGGUGCGUGAACUACACGAAACAGGUCAUACGGUGCAGGCUGCGUCAAUUAAGGCGGCCCUAGAUAACCUGCAUCCGGGUUUAAGAACUUUAGAUAAUGUUUUAGGAACGUUUUUAAAAUGGGUCAGGAAUAGUUAACAGAUCUCAAAAGUCUGGAAUGAGAAUGAUUUAAUGCAAAGUAUUCACCAGAAUUUUAAUAAGAACAACGUUCGUAUUAACA